UUUACAGUCAUCUAGCCGUCUCAUUCAUCUAUACUUAUUCUCUUCACUUCGCUUUGCCAGCUUGAUUCUGCUACCCUCAAGGGCGAAAUCGAUAACGAGAAGGAAAAGAAAACAAUGAGGGAAAUGGUAGCAUCAGCAGUUGUGCAGGAGGCUGUGAGUGGAGCUGUCGCCUUUGUGUUCAGCAGCCGCCGCGAAAAGGGGUCCCAGGAGGAACUCAUGGAGAGGCUCGAGAUGGCACACCUAAAGCUGGAUUUGGCGCUCGAGAGGACCAGGAUGAUGCCUGUCACCAUCAUGCCGUUGCUUCGCCUGAAGAAGAAACUGAAGGAUGUCUUCAAGGAGUGCGGUGAUCUGCUCAGCAGGGCGAGGGGUCGUCAGAAAGUGGUACCCUCUUUACGCAGAAAGAUUAUGCAUACUGUGCUGCCCUCUUUCAUUGUCCCAAAUCAAGACGUGCUGAGUAGCUCUGCUGUUGGAAGAUUUGAGCGGUUUGUCGAGGAAGCCGACAGGUUUGUGAGGGACGUGGAGUCUGGAUGUUCACUUUCUCACUACAGGUUUCUCAGUUCUCCCAUCAGACAUCUUCUUGAAGGCAAGGGUCUCUCCUAUCGCAUGGUGCAAGGAAGCAAGGCUUUCUCACUUCGUAUAUGGACGGUUUCCGUGGAAGAGUAUGGUAGAGUCGCAUGGCUAAGUUUUCAUUCCAAAGAUCGCAAGGUGCCACUCAAAAAUUGCAAGUUGGUGCUGAUUCUAAGAUUAUACGAAAGCACAGACAUAGUUGGAAUUACCGCAAAAUGUUUGCGGUCACUUGCACCUCAAUUCAAGUCUCUGGUUGAAGAUGCAACUGAGGAACUCACGCAAUUACCCACACAAGACGUUUCAUAUUUCGAUUCAGUACGGUGGGAAACCCUGGCUAAAGCGACUACAUAUUGGUGUCCAGACCCAUUUUGUUGCAUAGCUAAUGGGCUCAACAAGCCUUGUGCUAGCAAUAUCAUCUCAUCUGAGUUAACCGGCAGAUUUCCUCAAGAAGUUAUGGCAGUUGAUUUUCGCUGUUGGUUUUCAGCUUCUGAGUACUGCUCGCGGAGCUCAACUGAUGAAGCGCGUAUAAACGCUAUAAAGGCCUGGCCACCUCUACAGAUACAAGUUUACUUCCUAGCUCAUCUCCCGUUUGAACUCACAGGGGAGAGUUUAUUAGUAAUCUUUAACCAUCUCUCGGUUGAAUCGUACCAACACGGAAGUAGCUUAUACCAAAAGGAGGAGGAAAUACAAACAGAGGCAAUUGAUUGUUUCAUCCGUCAACCUGGUAUGGCAAACUACCAUAUGGCUUGGGCCUCGGCACAUGGUUGUGCAUACUUUCAUGUUUCAAAGCCGAUCACAAAAACUAGGAGAGCAUCAAAGAGAAGGCGGUAGAAGCUUAUACUUGGGAGCAGAGAAAAGGGUUCUUUUUGCUUAAUUAGCCUCUAUGAUACGGUUUGCUUCGGUGCCAGUAUUUAUCAUGGUCUUUUUAUACAACUACUGUUUACCUGCCAUGUGGCUUGUAAACAUGGAUGUGUUUGAUAUUAUCUGCCUACUAUGAUUUGUAAGCCUACGGUACUGGAUCAAUUUUUUUCCCCAAAGCAGGCACUCCUAGUUUCUUUGUUA